AUGUUUGGGAGCUGGGUGGACUCAUAUCAUGCUCUUCCGCAGUGGUUGAUGACAAUGCAACAUUAUCUUCCAAAUGUCGUCACAAUAUUAGAGACCCUACCGGCAGACACUCCUGAUGAUGUGACCUUCCAUCGUCUGUUUUGGUCUUUUGAACCACUUAUUAAAGGUUUUGCAUAUUGUAAACCAAUUGUGCAGGUUGAUGGAACAUGGUUAUAUGGGAAGUAUAAAGGGACAUUGUUGCUAGCUGUUGCACAAGACGAAAAUGACCAUAUAUUUCCAGUCGCUUUUGCAAUUGUGGAAGGUGAAACAAAGGAAGCUUGGAACUUCUUUUUAAAAAAUUUGAGAACAUAUGUCACUCCACAACAACAUCUUUGUGUGAUUUCAGAUAGACAUCCAUCCAUUAAAAGUGCUUAUGAUAAUCCUGCAAAUGGUUGGAAUGAUCCUACCUGCAGACAUGUGUACUGCAUCAGACACAUUGCCCAAAACUUCAUGCGAAAGUUCAACAAUAAAAAGCUUCGCAAGUUGGUUGUUAACAUGGGAUUUGCAGUAAAUCAACCUUUGCACAGAUACUACCGCAGCAAAAUUGCUGCGCAGAACACUAAUGCAAUAGGGUGGCUUGAUAAUAUCCCCAUAGCGAAGUGGACGCAAGCAUUCGAUGAAGGUCGUCGGUGGGGUCAUAUGACAACCAACCUUGCUGAGUCGAUGAACAACGUGUUUAAGGGUAUUCGCAAUGAACCCAUCACAGCUUUGGUCCAAUCAACGUUCUAUAAGUGUGUCGUACUGUUUCAAAGAAGAGCCACUGAAUCAGCAGCUGUGUUGCAAUCUGGACAACAAUAUUCAGAAGCUUGUCAGAAACGGAUUAAAGAAGCAAUGCAUAAAGCAAACUCACAUCAAGUCAUUGCUUUUGAUCGACUCAAUCAAACUUUCAGGGUAAUGGAAACUGUCAAUCACAACGAGGGUCGACCAAUGGGUCGAUUUCUGCUCAAGUUGGGUGAAAGCUGCUGUGAUUGUGGAGAAUUUCAAGCUUUACAUUUGCCUUGUUCGCAUGUUAUUGCUGCAUGCUCCCAUGCUACACAAGCUUAUCAAGUUCAUAUACAUGACGUGUACAAAGCUGCAAGUGUAUUUUGUGUUUACAAUAACACCUUCCCGGGAAUUCAAGACCAAUCAUAUUGGCCCCAAUAUUAUGGCCGUCGACUUUGCCCCGACCCAGCAAUGAAAAGAUGUAAGAGAGGUCGUCCGAAAAGUACGCGCAUUAGGACGGAAAUGGACGACGAGAUCGAAACUUUGAAUAAGUGUGCUUUAUGUAGGGUGCCGGGCCAUGAUCGUAGGAAUUGUCCAAAUUCCAAUUAA